CCAAAAAUGUUUGCUAUUUCGAGGCGCCUUCACCUUCACCACCUUCACCGCCUUUCGGCUUUCCGUUUCCCCUUGCGGCCAUGUAGCCAUUCGUCUGGACCUGGACCCCGCAUCCUGGCCGCCAUGGACUUUGACAAGACCAUCGUGCAGCAGGACUCGUAUCUGGCGGUGAGCCAACUGCUGCCCAGCCAGCAACGCCAGCAACUGCAGGAGCUAAUACCCAAGUCCGGCUGGCUGGAGUUCAUGGCCCGUGUGCUGCAGCUGCUCCACGCCGAGCACAAGGUGAACUCCGCAUCGGUGGGAAGGCUGGUGCGUCGUCUGCCAGCGGUCCCGGGAAUGCUGCGCGUGGUGCGACUGCUGGCCAAGCACCCCCAGGUCGAUCUGUGCAUCGUCAGCGAUGCCAACUCCUUCUUCAUCGGCGAGUGGCUGCGGGAGUACGACAUCGAGGACCUCUUCACCGGCGUCUUCACCAAUCCCGCCUGCCUGCAGUCCAGCGGCGAGGUGCUGGUGCUGCCCUUCGAGGAGCAGGCCCACUGCGCGCUCUGUCCCGCCAAUCUCUGCAAGGGGGCCGUGCUGGAGGAGCUCAUCUGCGGCGGCCAGUACGAGCGGGUGGUCUACGUGGGCGACAGCUGCAACGAUCUGUGCGCCAUGCGGCGCCUGCGGCGGUGCGAUGUGGCCUGCAUCCGGCGCGGAUACGAGCUGUACGGAAAGCUGGGUGCCCACGGACGCGAUCUCUCGUGCGCCGUGCUCACAUGGCGCGAUGGCCACGAGCUGGAGGAGCUCCUGCUGCCCAAAAUCGUGGCGUAGAGCAGCUAGAGUUUGUGGUAAGGCCAGGUUAUUAAUGCUGCUGUUUUAUUCGACUUAAAAAUAAAUCUUUUAGUAUGUA